GAAAUAAUUAACAGAAGCAAAAAAAAUAUUACAUGGCUUGUAUUCAUGACAGCCUCAACGUUUCGAAUUCUGCGGGAUUAUUUAUUAGAGAAAGAAAAUCGAGCAAGAGAUUAACGACACGCACGGUUCGAUGCGAAAAUACCGGCGGCAAAAAAAAGACGCUGAAAAUCUUGAUUGCCGGUGGAGGAAUCGGCGGUCUUGUUUUCGCGCUGGCGGCAAAGAGGAGCGGAUUCGAUGUCAAGGUGUUCGAGAAGGACUUGACAGCUGUCAGAGGGGAGGGGCUCGAGCGGGGCCCGAUUCAGCUCUUGAGCAGUGCUAUGGGAUUAAUGGAAUCUAUUGAUAAAGAUGCUGCAAGAGAAAUUAUGGAAUCUGGUUAUGUAACUGGUGAUAGGUUAAAUGGCUUAGCUGAUGGCACCACUGGUCAAUGGUAUAUAUACAUAUAUAAU